AUGCGAGGCCCUAACGCCUACAAGUCUAAUAUCGCCGAGGUGGGCUGUAAGGGCCAGCUUUCAGCCUCACUGGACCAGGUCGGUCGUGCAUACGCUGCGCAUGAGGAUGCACUAUUUAAGAGGCUGAUGAAGAAGCUUAAUCCAGCUGUGAUGGACGCUGCGGUGCUUCUCACAAUUGUCCCGCGUACCCCACUUACGCCUUUCAGAUACAUAGGUAUCAAGUGGUAUGCUGUCAAAACUCCGACCCCUAUCGUAUCUCAUCGCGAUUACUGCUGCCUUGAGGUACAAGACAAGAUCGUGGACUCUUUUGGUAACGAGAUGUAUAUUCGCGUACUCAACUCUAUUGAGAUCAAUGAAUGUCCGUCGCUUGAGAAUUCGCAUGGUCUUGUUCGUGCCAAAAUUCUUGCAGGGUACAUGUACCGUCUGGAUCGUGCAGAGCCCAAUGUUGUCCGGGUGCAUCACGUAGGGCGAUUUAACCCCGGUGGUUAUUUUCCUGCACAAUGGGCUUUUAAAACGGCUGAAUCGCAGCUAAUGAAUAGUGUCGUACAAAUAUGUCGGAUUAUAGACAAACAGCAAAUGAUCGCCUGCACCUUUGUUGAUAAAAGGCAAUGGGUGCCAAACCACGAGCGGCUGCAUUGCGCCGUGUGUAGCCGGGCUUUUGGCACGUUCCGCCCACGUCACCACUGUCGAAGUUGCGGUGAGGUUAUUUGCGGCAAGUGUAGCGUUUUCAAAUCUGUAGAGGUACCAGGUACAACUCUUAAGAAUGUACGUAUUUGCUCAGUAUGCAAUAUGGGUGUGCAAAAGGCUAGUGGACAAGACGAAGAUGGAAAUAUGUCGGAUAUAUCAACGUCGUCGAUUACUUCAACCAGUACGAUUGCACAAAAUGAGAUGAACCUUAUGGAUCUAUAUAUGGCGAAUGGAGGCGGGUCGCGAACCCCCUCGGCCUACUCAGACGCAUCAGCUCACUCGAAUCUCUCUAUUCGUUCCACAACUUCAAUGCGAUCAACUUACGAUGCCCGUGGGCGAAAACACAGCCGUGCACGAGGAGCUCGUAAUAUCAUGGGUUUUUUUAAUGAAAGUAACACGCCACGAUCAUACAUCGCAAACAAUCUUACGCCUCGGAGUACACUUGGGCCCGGGGGCUCUACGCCUCAUUCUGGAGCAAACAGUACAGCUACGACGCCCUCAGCAGGGUCAAGGCCUUCAAAUUCAGCAGCAACUGUAGUAGCAGCUGCUGCCAUCACAGCACAGCGCCUAUCAAGCUUCAAGCAGAAUCCCGUUGACAUCGGAUACUUGCGUGAUUCGGUGCAUGAAAUCUCAGCAAUAGUGGAAACACGUGAGAGGCCUGAAGACCCCACUGUUGUCUGGCCGCCUGCCAAGAUACAGCGGCUGGAGACGGAGGAGACUGCAGACGUUGACAUGGAGUCGGAUGACCAGGAAAUGAUAGGAGCGAAAUCUGCGGAGCCCUCAGCGCGCGGCUUCCAGCAAGAACAGCAGCGCUCAUUAGUGCAACAGUUGCCAACUGUGGAGCGUAUCUCGGAAAGUCACUUCGAGCAUUCCAGUUGUGCUUCAACCAAUUUAUGCACAGGCAUAAAUAAGGAGGACUUUAGCACAUCUUUCGUCCCAAGGGGAAACGGAUCCCCUUCAAUCAGCGGCUUCCGUCCAUUCUUGAGUGGAAUUAUAUCCCGCGUUCGCGGCGAUUCGGUGGAUAAUUUCUCGAGGCCGUCCGCCUAG